AUGUUGUUAAACACUUGGGACUUUGUGGCCAAACUUCUUCCAAUUUGGCACUUUUUGAAAAAGUACGAUGGAAAUACGGCGAUUUGCGAUCUGGUUGCUGGUUUCACAGUGGCGCUUACUCUUAUACCACAAGUUAUUGCUUACGCGUCUUUAGCUGGAUUAGAACCACAGUAUGGUCUUUAUUCUGCCCUCUGUGGAGGUAUUGUCUACGCAAUCUUUGGUACCAUCCCAGAACUGAAUAUAGCACCAACUGCUCUUCUUUCGUUGCUUACCUUUCAAUACACAAACAAUGUGAGUUUUGGGAAUGUUAGAGCUGCUAUUAUGCUUACUUUUUUUGCUGGUAUAUUGGAGCUACUUUGUGGAAUUUUGCAUUUGGGUUUCUUGGUUGACUUUGUAUCAACCCCUGUAGUGUCAGCAUUCACAUCAGCAGGAGCCAUAACAAUAGCAUGUUCCCAAAUCAAAAACUUAUUCGGCCUGAAAUAUAAUGCCGAAAGCUUCAUAGCUGUUUGGAAGCAAUUUUUCUGGCACAUCGAAGAAGUUCGCCUAUGGGACACUUUGCUCGGGUUUUGUUGCAUUGUAGUGCUACUAUCCAUGAGGAAGCUGAAAGAUUAUGGUGAACCACCAAUGUCUAAUGAAAAAUCAUCUUCAAUGUGCAAAAAAGCGGUAUGGUUUGUUUCAGUUGGAAGAAACGCAAUGGUUGUUAUAUCCUGCGCUGUGGUUGCUUUUAUUUUCAAACAGCACGAUUACAAACCGUUUUCGCUAACAGCUCAAGUACCAUCAGGUUUUCCAAACUUUUCAAUACCUAUAAAGCCUAUUGAAGCAAGUAACAAUACCGAAGGUAUUGAAAUAUCUCAAAUGAUGGCGGAAUUGGGAUAUGGAAUAGUUGUUAUUCCUUUUAUUGCUAUUUUGGCUAAUGUUGGGAUAGCUAAGGCUUUUGCUCGUGGAAAAGUUUUGGAUGCAUCGCAAGAAAUGAUAGCAGUCGGUCUGUGCAACAUAGCUGGUUCCUUUUUUGGUUCUUAUCCCGUGAAUGCGUCAUUUUCCAGGGCAGCUGUGAGCAGUGCAAGUGGAGUAAGGACUCCAUUAUCUGGAAUUUAUACUGGUUUAAUGGUAAUAAUGGCAUUCACAUUUCUGACUCCCUAUUUUCCCUACAUUCCAAAAGCAACCCUUGCGGCUGUGAUUAUAUGUGCUGUGAUUUUUAUGGUUGAAGUUAGUAUUACGAAAACAAUAUGGAAAAUUAAUAAAUUAGACAUGGUUCCAUUUGUUGUCACUUUAAUAUCGUGCCUGUUUGUUGGAAUAGAAAUAGGCAUACUUAUAGGUAUUUUAAUGGAAGUCUGUAAGCUGUUGUAUUUUGCUUCGAGGCCAAAAAUAAUUAUUAAAAAGGUCGAAGAUAAGAAACCCUAUUUGAGUAUUACUUUAAGUACUUCGGUAUUUUUCUCUUCAGCGGAAUACGUUCGCGAAAAAGUUUUCCAAUAUUCUCUAGAUUCUGGACAAAAUAUCCAAAUGGUUUUAAUUGAUUGUUCUCGAAUGUUGAAUAUUGAUUUUACAGCUGAAAAGUGUUUUGAGUCUCUAGUGAAUGAUCUAGAGAAAAGUGGCAAAUCUGUUGCCUUUUUAGCUUCCGGAGGGAGGGUAGCUAAAAGCUUAGAAAGCUGUAGCGGAAACAAAAUACAAAUAUUUAAAAGUGAAGAAGAAUUCGAAUUAUCCUGGCAAGGAAAAAAUGAUGCUCAGCUCGGUAAUGGUGAAAUUGAAGCAGUGACUACUCAGUUGUGA